AUGGGAGCGCUGAACGAGUCGCAUUGUCUCAACGGGUCCGCGGCUGUGCCACUGGCCAGGGCCAUUGACUGGGCCAUCAAGCAGGACGACUACUUCAGGCAAACCCUUUUCUUCUUUUUCUUUUUGCCCAUCAAUUUUCGACAUUCUGGAUUAGUGGGCCGUCUGGCCUACGUGUCCACAACUGCGUGUGCAGUCGUGUUCGUCUACUCCCUGGGGGCGAGCUUGUCGCUGGACGGCGCCAAGGACGGGCUGCGACAUCUGGUGCGCGUCAAGGGCGAAGACUUGGCCAGCGCCAGACUCUGGCUCGAAGUGGGCGGCGAGAUGGUGGUGCUCUUUGGCACCGGCACCUCCAGCGUGUUUGCCAUCUCCACCAGCCGCAAGUUCUACAACAACUGCGUCAGGGACGCACUUGUGAGUGGCCUAGUGACGCUUGUGUGGCCCAUUCUGGCCGUGUGCACAGUAUUCAGCGUCCUGGGCCACUUGAAAGACGCGGGCCAAGGCGGCGGCGACGACCCUGUGAAGGUGGCGCCGCUGGGUUUGUUGUUCACGGCGGUCUCAGCCCUUUCUGCUCACCAGCCAAACACCUUUGCCGCCGUUUUCUUUGUCUGUGUCCUGUUGGCGGGAUUCACUACCACAUUCUCGCUGUUGGAGAUGAUGAUGAGCAAUUUGUUGCAUCUCCGGAUGGACAUCCGGUCGAAAAAGUGCCUGGUGAUGUUUGGCAUGUGCUGUGUGGGAUUCCUGUUGGCCCUGCCAUUCUGCUGGCAAGGUGGCAUAUUUUGGCUGGUGCUUGUGGACAAGUACUUGCCUCUUGCUGCUGCCAUUCCGCUUCUGCUGGCCGAGGUCCUUGCCAUUAUUUGUGUUUAUGGCAGAAGGCGCUUGUUUACAGACAUCAACAAGAUGCUUGGCAGACUAAACUGGCCAACAAAGAUGUACCUUUCUCUUGCCUGGCACUUCACUGUGCCCCUAACUCUUGUGAUCUUACUGGGUUUAGUGGUGGUGGUACCACUGCGACUAUCAUUUGGCAGACAUCAGCUCCAAGCUGAGGUAGUCAAGGGCUUCUUUCUUGCUCUUGUCUUGGCCUGUCUGGUUUUUGGGGUCAUCAUUGCACUUUGGUGCGAAUGCAAGGAUGAAGAGCAGAAUGUAGAUGGCGACAGUGGUGAGACCAAUAAUAGGAAACACGCUUGCAUACAACGUGUCCUGGAACCAAAGCCUGACUGGAAACCAUGUCACUUGUUGUUUCACGGCAUGGAACAUUCAUUUGAUGGUUGA